AUGGAAAUAGAAGGCUAUCCAAUCGCGGUCUUCAUGCGUAUAUCUCGGACGUUCGCUAUGGAGAGCGAUCUGAAAGAAGAACUAAACAGGAGGCGAAAGCAGCAUAGGCCGCUUUGGGCCUCUAAAGGAGCCAUCCAGGUGAUGACGGACCCAGAGCUGCAAACUCGUUCAAUUCAACCGUUCUCCUGGCGUUCUGCUAAGCAACAGGCGUAA